AUGUUCUGGAGGUCUCUUCAACCAACAAAGCCACGAAGAGAAUUAACCAGCAUUUCUUCUUAUGAUCAAAGCUUAAUACCCAGCCAUUUCUUCCCCUUCCCGCCGGACCGUCCUGGAGAGAUCGAUACACUGCUGUUCGGAUCAAGAAUACACAACGUGGCGAAUUGUGGUGGUUCCUUCAGUUCAUCCGGGGGAAGAUCGGGUGGAUUUCUUUUUCGGUCAGAACCACCGGAGAGACAGGACAUAGCUGCAACAGUCAGGGUUUAUUACAUAUUCUAUCUAUCUAUCUAUCUAUCUAUCUAUCUAUCUAUCUCAGAACUAUUCAUAUAUAUCUAUCUCUUUAUCUCACCCUCUCUCUCACUCUUUUCUUUUCAUAUCUAUCUAUCUAUCUAUCUAUCUAUCUAUCUAUCUAUCUAUCUCGGUCCUUUUCAUAUCUAUCUAUCUAUCUAUAUCGGUCCUUUUCAUAUCUAUCUAUCUAUAUCGGUCAUUUUCAUAUCUAUCUAUCUAUCUAUAUCGGUCCUUUUCAUAUCUAUCUAUCUAUAUCGGUCAUUUUCAUAUCUAUCUAUCUAUCUAUCUAUCUAUCUAUCUAUCUAUCUAUCUAUCUAUCUAUCUCAGUUCUUUUCAUAUAUUGCUAUCUAUGUCAGUCCCUUUCAUAUCAAUCUAUCCAUCUCUCAGUUCUUAUCUAUCUCUCUCAGUCCUUUCCAUAUCUAUCUCAGUCCUUUUAAUAUCUAUCUAUCUAUUGAUGUGAAUAUUUUUUUCGAUUGUCGCCGGCUGCGAAGACAAUCACGUCUUUGUUGGCGAUUUGAAAAGCAGAUCCAUCCUAGAAUUCAUCUAUCAGUCUAUCUAUCUUUCUAUCUAUCAAUCACUCUAUCUUGGUAUUUAAAAGGAAAGGUGAGAAAUUCUACCCCCACUCUCUCUCUCCUUCAUACAACAUUUCUUCUCUCUUCCCCUUCCAUAAAUUCCCUCCAUUAUUAUCUCAUUCAUUAUAUCAGUCUAUCUAUCUUUCUAUCUAUCAAUCCUUCUAUCUUGCUAUUUAAAAGAAAUGUUGUGAAUUUCUACCUUCCCUCCAUUAUUAACCCUUUAAUACUAUCUAUCUAUCUAUCUAUCUAUCUAUCUAUCUAUCUAUCUAUCUAUCUAUCUAUGUGUCUGCCUGUAAUCCUUCAUAUUUAUAGUAACAUUAUUACUCGCUUGAAAACUUCUCAGAUAAGUCAACUUUUAAGCACCAAAUUUGUACCCAAGAAGAAAAUUGGAAACAAAAAAAAAGAACUAAAAACAUCUAUCUAUCUAUCUAUCUAUUUAAUUAAAACUGGUAUCUAUCUAUCUGUUUGUCUGUCUGUCUAUCUAUCUAGCUAUGUAUGUCUCGAUCGAUCUAUGUAA